AUGCCCUUGACGGUCCGCGAUUGGUGUUUGGUCACCGAGGAUGGCGGGAGAUUAGACGAGACCGCCCCCGAGCUUUGUUUGGAGACCGCUGGUCAGGACGGGGCCGGGUUGCAACUUGCUGCCGUUAUUCCCGUAGUUGUGGUUGGGGGCAAAUUGCUAGUAGCCCUGCCUGCUGGGGUUUGGCAUCGAAGCCCUGCUCGGCGAGCUCUUCCACCUGGAAGCCUUUCGAAACCUGUGCUCGCCUUGGUGGCUGGACAGAAACCUCCAGCUGCGGCGGAUGGGGAGCCCUCCGAAUGCGAACUGAAGGUCUGGGUCGCCUACCUCGCUCCGAGCGCCGAGGCCAAGGUCAGGGAGCGGGGUGCCGGCGAGGACUUGGCGAUCUCCUUUGUAGAUGCCCAGGGCGAGAGGUGUCUGCCCCUUUCCGAGGCCCUUAUCCGAUUGGGGGACGAGCACUUUUCGUUCCUGACCGCGGAGUCCGCAGAUCCUCCUCCUUUGGGCGGCGCCGCCGUUGGCGAGGACGUCACCAGACGGGUUGCGGCACUGGAAGGCUCUCUGACUCAGAUUCAGCAGUCCCUUGCCCUGCUCGUGAAGGAGAAGGCCCGGGAGACCCAGAAACCAGGAGCCGACCGGGAGCGACCUCGCGCCACGACGACAGCCGCACCUUCAGCAACAGUUCGGGAGAAAGCCGGGGGCAUAGGAAAGCUAGAUCGCUCGGUUGUUGCUUCCGCUCGUGCCGCAGGGAUCUCCGAGGAACACUUGAAUCAGAUGGCCGAUCUACUCCUAUCUCGGCCUGGCCGCAUCGAAGAUCUUCCUCGUCGGCCCCAGAAACAGGGACCUCUUUCCGAGACGGAGGACGAGGAGGCGGUGGAUGCAGCAGAUGGCGGCGCUUCUGGCUCGGGCGAGCCUCCGGAUCCCUUAAAGCGGGCCGUGGUGGAGCUGACAAAGAUCGCCAAGACCCUCGUUCCAAAGAAGGCGGAGGCGAAGACGGACUUGGAGAACCUCCUUUCUGGGAGCUUGGCAGACCGAGGGGAUACAUCUUCCGGCGGCGGCUCCCGUCGGAACUCCGCGGCGCUGGCCGCCUUGAAGCGUCUCCUGAAGGAACAACCGGCGGCCAUCUACGAGAACAUCGAGCGGAACCUGCGAGAAGACUUUGGAUUGCGCGCCCAAGUGGCCGGGGAGCCCUCUGGGCACGGGACGGCGAGGGCCUGGCUCCAAACGCGCUCGAGGGUCCAAAACUACACCAAUCAUGUACGAUGGCUUUGGCAGCUGAGUGCUGUUUGGGACUGCCUGAUGCAGGGGCAGAACGAAGAGGCGAGAGCCAGAGUGGCUCUGCUCAUGGCAGCCGGAGAGCAGUCGUCCAUCGACAGCGGAAAUUGGCUGAUAUCGACAGUGGCUCUUCUAGAGCCCCCACCACCGUACCAGCAGUUCAGUCAUCAUACGACCCCAGCCGCCCACGAGUGCCAGCACUCCGCUCUCUACGAUCCUCGUUGGUUCGAGCUUUUCCUUUGGCAGCUGAAAGAGCACGAGUCCUACUUGGAAGCCCGGCGAAAGCUGACUCAGAGAAAGCCCGGCCCUACCGUCGACCCCGGAUCAGACGCGGCUGCGGCGAGCGUGGAGAACAACAUCGAUGAGAAGGCCUCCCCUUUCUCCACGGCUUUGUCUGCAAUUUCGAUUUUGACCUCAUUGCCCAGGAAACUUCUGCAUUUAGAUUGUGCCUUGGGUUCCUUUGCCAGAAGCGUCCGUAGACAGACCGGCCGAAGACGGCCGAACACCGCUUCUUCAUCAGCCGAUGUGUGGCCUAUGCCCCCGCCCUACCCCGAAGCUUAUCGAGAGACUGGAGAGCCUCGCGAGAGCCGGGCCCGAAAGCGAGCCGUGAACUCCUUCGUGGUUGGCCUCUCCUUCCUCCAUCUGCGGCGUCCUCGGAAGGCGCCUGCCGAAAUGCUGUUGGGAAGGAAACUCAGCUCGGAGCAGUGGGCCACAGUUAGACGUUUCGAAAGGCUGUUGGAAGCGUGGCUAAUUCAUCCGUUGGUCACUUCCGAAACUCUCGGGAGAAAUGCAGCUAAAGUAGAGGAAAUCGAUGCCGUGCUCAGUGACCUCGAGGCCGUCCUGAUCGGCCUCUUCCCCGAGGGCACCUACAACCGGUUUGGCCGCGAGGAUCUCAAGCCUGGCCAGCCCCCGUCUUGUGGAGUGAACCGUGUAGGGAAACUCGCAUCUAGCCUAGGGACCUCUUUCAAGAAGCUCGACCCCGACCGGAUCUCCUUUAUCGGCGAGCCCUCCUUUGACCCGGCUCCGUACUUAGAUAAGAUCGGGCGCGAGAUCUUCUUGGAUCCCUUACGGCACGCCCUGCUUCCUUGGGAGUUUUUCGGUGAGCUCCCCGCGGUCCAGGUGCACAUCGUCGACGGCAAGAGGGAUCGCUUUCUGGAUCUUUUGGAUGCGAGCGGGAGGUUGGCCCUUUUUAGACCCGAAGACGUUCGACUUGAAUUCCUUUCGGGUGUCUUCGCUGUAGGCAAGGACAGCUCGAAGGACCGCAUGAUCCUGGACGCAAGGCGACCCAAUGCCUUGGAGCACCCGAUUGGCGAGCGCCUGGUCUUCUCGGGGAAUGACGUCCGAGACUUCUAUCACUUGUUCAAAGUGAUGUGUGCCGCAAUUUUCGUGCCUACGAUCCUGAACUACAUGCUGGAGCUCGGUGCCCUCGAGCCGGAGUCCACAUUGACAUUGGCGGGACCUCCGCCCCGGUCUCGAACCUUCGGAGGGAUCGUCAUAGACGACUUCGUUUGUGCUGAAAAGGUCGGAGGGGACUUUCGCGGCGGGGAGCACCGAAGCGGCGGCGCAAAGGCGGCCGACCUCAUGAGUGAUACGUAUGUCGCAGAGGGCUUGAUACCGCACCCCGGCAAGGCCUUUCGUGAUCUACCUCAGGCGACCUUUUGGGGUACUGUGGACGGUGAGGCCGGUUUGGUACGAGCUUCCCUCGUCAGGGCCAUUCCCCUGAUGCACAUCAUUUUUCGGGUUGUGACCGUGAAGUUUGCCACUGCCCGGCUCCUGCAGGUCAUCUCGGGAUCUCUCGUUUCCAUUUUCAUCUACAAAAGGCGCUUGCUUUCCCUCCUGAACAUCGUGUUUGCCGUUGUUCAGCACCACGAGGCCGAUGAUAUCAUACCGCUCGGGCCCGAACUUCAGGAGGAGCUCGUCUUGUGCGCCUUAAUGAUCCCGCUGGCUGUCUCAAACAUUCGAGCCGCCAUCCUGCCUCAGGUCUACGCGACCGAUGCCUCAGGAUGGGGCGAAGCAGAAGUGGAAGCGGAGGUUCCGAGUGAGAUCGCCCGGGAGGGGGACAGCGUGGAAGGCAAAGAGCGAGGCUCGACGCCACAUCAACGUGUCCGAGCUCAGAGCAUUCUUACGGUCACUCUAGGGUGCGUGCAGAAAGGGAGAUCGUCGAGUUUGGCAUUGAACAGUCUACUGCAGCAGUCCGUGCCGUGCAUCAUUGGGGCCGACGUCACCAGUGAAAGUUUCUAUGUUGACACCAGGCUCAACAGGGCUGACGAUCCCACCCGAGGCUUGGAGGUGCGUGGCCCAGAUCUCGAGAUGCCCGAGUGGUGGUCCGACUUAUCCUCAGGCAACUACACCACUUUCGACAAGUGGCUUGAAGAGGCCGGGGAAACACUUUCCACGCAACUCGACAUCCCAAGUCCUUGCGAACUCCUCGGCGAUGUGUGGUCCCGCCAGCAGGCCCUGCCACGGACAGAAGGGCCGCGAGACCUGACGGAGUCAGGGUCUAGAAGUGAGGGUGGGGCCCUUACAGAGUCUAGCAUUUUCGGAGCCGAGCUCAUCGGCAUUCUUCGGAGCUUCAGCAGCAGCCUCUUUGUGUGGCCCCAAAACCGAGACCACUGCAGCACUUGGGUCUUCAACAAACCUGGGUACUUAGACCUCUUUGCUGGUAGACGCGGGGUCGCCAAAGUUGUUUCCGCGGCUGCUGCAACUUGGUCGCUCUGCAUAGACAUUCGUGACGGUCCGGACUGCGACCUUCUCGAAGUGGAGCUUCGGGAAAAAAUCGAGCGCUUAAUCCAAGGUGGCGUCUUCUUUGCCAUCGGGGCUGCCAUUGGAGCUUCCUCUUUUUCUGUUGCCGUGCAGCCUGCGGUUCGGACAUCAGAGUUCCCUGCAGGGUUACCGAAUCUCCAUGAAGGCAUGGCCGAGAAAGUUGCGAAUGGAAAUCUGCUUUCAGCUUGGCUCGCCAGACUGGUUCAAUUAUGUCUUUUACGUGACGUGAUUUUCUGGAUUGAAAAUCCCGCUCGCUCUUGGCUGUGGCGACAGAGCGAGUGGAAAAGCAUUCGAGAGCAUCGUGAUGUAGGCUACUUCUCCAGUGACAUGUGCGCGUUCGGGGCCCCUUGGAAGAAACCGACUAAGGUGCUCACGAACUCGAGUCUUCGGGAGCUCAAAAUCAACUGCCCGGGAUGCUUACGACACCUAUCUCUGAGAGGUUACAGUCGGAGAUUCAAGCAGGCCUGGACGAGAGUCUCGGAACCUUUUCCGAAACAGUUUUCAGGUUUGCUUGGAGAAGUCAUCGCUUGUUAUUCGGUUGGUUCAGAACGGCUCCGAGAACGGCUCGAUUUAGCGGCCUGCGCGAAGAUCACCAACGAGAUCAUCGGCGAGGCCAGCCACCCAGGACCGCGGCCCCCCAGAGGUCAAGUCCGGGCAGCGCGAAAUCAGAAUCUCGAUGAUGUCAAGCUCGUUUCAGCUCAGACCGAAAAGCUGCAGGAGCGGAUCUGGUCCAGAUUCCAAGCGUGGGUGAUCGACGGGACCUCCCCGUCAGCUAGUGACGAGCUGCUGAGCGAAGCUGUGCUGCUUUCGGCCUUGGUUUGUGGAUUUGGAAAGUACCUCUUCAGCACUGGAGAAUCUCUCUAUCUCUUCAGACAUUUGAUCCUAGCGGCCGUCAAGCGGCUCCCAGCUUUGCGCCAACACACCUACGAGUGCUGGAACCUCGUCUCCAAGUGGGAGGUUGUCGAGCCGCUACAACAUAGAGCGCCCCUUCCGGAAGUGAUCUUGCGGGGCAUGGUUUGCCUGGCCCUUCUCUGGAAAUGGGAGAGGGUCGCAGGCAUCCUGUUGAUCUCAUUCUGGGGAAUUUCACGGCCCGGAGAGGCUCUUCGCUCCCUCCGGUCAGACAUGUUGCUCCCUUCGGACUUGUGCCUCGGCGACAAGGCGGUGUGCUACCUCAAGAUCCGGUCUCCCAAAACCGGCCGGCGCACCAAGGCUCGGGUGCAGCAUAUUUCCGUUCGUAAUGCAGCCGUCUUGCCCCUCCUGGAGCGUGUCUUCAAGAACCUCGCUCCGAACGAGGCGCUGUUUCCGGGCUCGCCCUCGGCCUUCAGGCGCCGGUGGGACUCCCUCCUCGACGCGCUUUUGGUGCCGAAGUCCUUCAAGCUCACUCCGGGAGGCCUUCGUGGUGGAGGCGCUGUGGCGGAAUACCACCGUGGCACUGAUCUGGCUACGCUCCAAUGGCGCAUGCGCAUUCGGCAUCAGGUCACGCUGGAAGCUUACCUACAGGAAGUUGCGGCUGAAAACCUCCUACUUAAACUGCCGCCACAUUGCACCGACCGCGUCAAAGCCGCCGCCAGCCUCUACGACCUCUACUUACUGCAGUGA